AGGUUUCUCCGAGGGGCGCACCGCUGCUAAGCCAAUGGAUCAGUCAGGUGGCUCCUUCAGAGGGCUGGACUCACCGCAUGUUAAUGGGCUGGCAAGGUUUGUGCGUGUGUGUGUGUGUGUGUGUGCCUGCGUGUACAUAUAGAGGGGGCCACUCCGGCAGAGAACACAGUGCAAGGCUCGAACAUCAGACGGAACAGUGCAACCCAGGCAUCACACCCGGGCAGGUUUUUGAGAGCUGACACCAUGAGGCUCCUCCUUUGGAACGUCUUGUCGUUCUGCCUGCUUGCUUACGCCCUCAGCGACUGCCGGAGAGACUGCCUGAACUGCCACAGACAUUUGUACAGCCACCAGCAGGAUGACUUCAGCCUUCUGAUCUGCGUCAUGGAGUGCGAGGGGAAGCUGCUCUCCAGCGCCACCUGGGGGCUGUGCAGAAAAGCCACCGGCGGCAAGGCUCCUUUGCCCCUCGACCUCGACAGCCCGGAAGAUGACACCAGCCGGCCCUUGGAAAUGUGGGACGGCGGCCUGCGGCCAAGCCGAGGCGGCCUGAAACGCCUCGGCAGCCUGGCCCGGGCGGCGGACCUCGACAAGGCCGGGAGCGAGAAGGGGGUGUCCAAGACGAGCGGCCUCUUCCGGCAAGCGGAAGGUGGAGACGGCGACGGGGUCCAAGCUCUGCUGAGGGACUUGCCGGCCCAGCUCGACAUACCGAAAGGGGUGAGCGGCUUCCUGAGCGGGCCGUUUGGUUACGAGCCGGUAGGGGAAGCCGGAGUCCAGGAGCUCCAGAAGCGGUUUGGAGGCUUCAUUGGGGUCCGGAAAUCGGCUCGCAAGUGGCACAACCAGAAGAGGUUCAGCGAGUUUCUGAAGCAGUACUUGGGGAUGUCUCCGCGAUCCGUCGAGUACGAUGGCCUGGCCGACGACCCGAAAGAGCAGAACGAGAUCUAGGCAGGCGGACUCCCUCCCUUUGCGGCGUUCCCGUUUUUUUUUUUCUCGUACCGCCAACUUAUAGUGAAUUGGUUCAGGUCUGCCGAAGCCUAAGGAGUCAACCCCGUAGCUUCCGAUUUAGUCCCUUUCCGUUCUAUUUAUCGUCGUUCCCACGUUUGCCGUCCCAGACCUGCUUGCAAAUGAAAAUACGCAGCGUGGAUAAAGUGCGAAGAGCUAAAAAGUUAUGAGAGAUAAGCAGUUGAGCUCUAACAGAAUUAAAAGACUAUGGAAAGAUAAGAUGAUGGAAACAGCCAAGUGCUAUUAGAAGCCCUUUUUUGAACAAACACUUCCCAAAGGCCUGUUGGAAUGAAACGGUCUUCACCUGCAGGUGGAAGAGCAGGGAGAAGGGAGCCUGUCUAGCCUCACUAGGGAGGGAGUUCCAAAGUUGCCCAGGAGGAGCCACCACCGAGAAGGCCCUGUCCCACAUCCCCACAAAGCACUCCAGUGAGAGUGGCGGGACCGAGAGAAGGGCCUCCACUGAAGAUCUCAGAGACUGGGCAGGUUCAUAUGUGGGAAUAUGGUCUGUCAGGUUGCCUGGACCUAAGCCAUGUAGGGCUUUAGAUUGAUUGAUUGAUUGAUUGAUUGAUUGUACUCCAGAUGUUUUUGGUCUAUGAGUCCCAUCACCCCCAGCCAGCACUGCUAGAGGUGACCCAUGACAUCCCUUCCACACCUGUAAGCAAUCUAUAUUUUAGUGUGUUGGCACCUACACCUUUGGAACUCCCUGCCAAUUGAGAUCAAACAGGCGCCUUCAAAGUACUCUUUUCAGUAUCUGCUAAAAACAUUUUUGUUGAGCCAAGCCUGCCAGUUAUCUAAAAUGCUGUUUUAAGAAGAAGAAAAAGAAGAAAAAUUAUUGCUGGUUUUAAUUUUUUUUUAAUGUUUUAAUUGUUUUCCCCUUUUUAAAAAAAUAGGGUUUUGUUCUUUUUUGCAAACUGCUUUCGGUUUUAUUUCGUUUUUACAGUCAAGCGGUAUAUAAUUUCAAUGCAAUUAAUUAAUUAAUUAAUUAAUUAAAACAUCGGGGUGGGGGGCCGCCAGAUUUAGGAAGGCCGUUGUGAUUGUGUAGACAAGUUAUUGACUUCUAUAUAAGCCCCUUGGGAUAUUUAUAGAAUCACAGAACUGUAAAGUUGGAAGGGACCCCGGGACCCCCUGCAAUGCAGGAAUCUCAACUAAAGAAUCCCUGACCGCCUGUGAUAGCUAGAAAUGAAGAAAGGCUGUGGUUCCUGGCUUGCGACUUUGAUAUUUGUUUUAUUUUAGCACCAGAAUUUAAUUGGGACCGAGUCAAAAUCCUGGAUUAUGUUGCCCAAACGAGGUUGACAUCUUUGGAUUGGCAGCACUGUGGUGUUUGUGGAUAUUUUGUUCCCCCUUCCUCCCCCCUCUCCCUCUUUCUCUCUCCCCCUAUGGCAUGCAUUUUGUCAAAGCCGCUGUCUAUGGGCUGUCACUUUCAAAGGUGUAUUUUUGGAAUUACAGGGGUGAGGAGCCCAUGAGACUCCUGUUGCCCCCUUCCUCUGCCCUGCCUGGUAACAAUCGUCUCCGGAAAAGACCGCAUGACCGAAAAUUAGCAAUGUAGCGAGAGCUGGGCGCACCUCCUUCUGUUAACCAUUGAAUGUUCAAAAACAGGGGAAAUGAGACGCAAAACCCUGUUCUUUUUAAUUGUUGCAGACGCCAAGAUUCCUCCAUUAAACUUGUACAUAGCAAAAAGAAAAAAAGAGAAAAGAUUAAUAAAUUACUUUUCUAUUUCUACUGUA